AUGGAAGCUGCCGUCGAUGGGAUGCGCUGCACGCUGUGCGGCGCGGUGGCGGACGUGCACUGCGCCGCCGACGCGGCGUUCCUCUGCGCGCCCUGCGACGCCGAGGUGCACGGCGCCAACUUCCUCGCCUCGCGCCACCGCCGCACGCGCGUCUCCGCGCCUAACAAGGGCCGCCACGACGACGACGAAGAUAACGUGUCCGCGACGUCGUCGACCUCCUGCCUGUCCACGGCCGACUCCGCGACGACGGCGGCGCGACAGCAGCAGAGGCGGAGGAGGACGCGCCGCGGGCGCGGCGAGGCGGUGCUCGCAGGGUGGGCCAAGGAGAUGGGCCUCGUCGCGCCAGGUGCGGCGCGCCGUGUCGCAGCGGCGGCCGCGCGCGCGCUCCAGGACGUGGCCGCGGCGCCACGCAUGCCGCUGCGCGUCGCCAUGGCCGCGGUGCUGUGGCGGGAGGUGGCGGCGCAUGGCUCCCACGAGGCCACCGGCGACGCGCUCCGGCGGCUGGAGGCGUGCGCGCACGUGCCAGCAAGGCUUGUCCACGCGGUGGCGUCGUCGGUGGGGCGAGCGGCCGCCCUGGACACCAAGGAGGGCUGGGGCGAGUGCGCGUGA